AUGCUGGCAAAUAUUGAACGCAUGUUGCAAAAAUUGGCCGAAGAUAUGGUGGAAGACUUUAAUAUAAGGUUUAUUGGGGAGAGUACGAUAACUCAGGCGACAAAGUUUAGUGACGGAUCUGUAUAUAACAAUUCAGAAGCUCCUCCACCACCAUCGCUUCCAUCGGUAAAUACAGAAAAACCGUCUAGCUCAAGGUCAACAGAAGUAUUAACGGAAGAUGUCACCAACACAACAUCUUCUGCAGUAAAAAGAAAGGAUCCAGAUCCAGAUCCAGCAGACACCAAAGCAAGCAAAAAGAGGGCGACGGAAACAAUCAACACGAUUCUUAAUGAAGAAGGACUGGAAGAAAUUGGUAAAAUUAUUCGAAACCAACCAUUUUCACUAAUAAUCGAUGAAACCACAGACGUCAGCACAACCAAAUGCUUAGUUUUAGUUGUAAGGUAUUUCGAUUUUGUUGUAUGUAAGGUUAGAGAUAAAUUUCUGUCAUUAAUUAGUAUAGAAAACUGUGACAGUUUAAACAUUUACAAAACGAUAGUUACUUUUUUUCAAAAUAUUCAAGUACCUCAUAAAAACAUAGUCGGUUUUGCAUCGGAUAAUGCAUCUGUAAUGAUGGGAAAGAAGUCAGGAGUGAAAACCCUUCUGCAAAAAGAUCAGCCGCAUCUUUAUGUAAUGGGAUGCAUUUGCCACUCAUUGCAUUUGUGUUCCUCGGCAGCUUCCAAAAAACUUCCCUCCCAUCUUGAGGCCCUAACCAGAAAUAUAUAUUCUUUUUUUGCGCAUAGUCCUAAGCGAAAACUGAAACUGGAAGAGUUUCAAAAAUAUUUUUCAGUUGAGGUGCACAAAAUUCUUAAGAUGUCUUCAACUAGGUGGCUUUCGUUGGAAAACGUUAUUUCAAGAAUUCUUGAACAAUGGAGAUCACAGAAAUAA